AGCAUCAAUCAAGCAAUCAAAGUCAAAUAAAUUCGAAGGCAAACAAAAUCUUAAAAUCAAAAUAUAAUACUUAAAAUGGCGAAUGUUCCUUUUCUAGGAAUAAAAACCCAUGCGCAAAAAGUUUGUAGUCUUUACAAGAGGGCUUUACGUAAUAUAGAGGCGUUUUAUGAUCGACGCCAUGUAUACCGGUACCAUGCUGUGCUGCUACGAGCACGAUUUGAUAAUAAUGCCAAGGAAACAGACAUGCGCAAGGCUAUAACAUUACUGAAGGAGGGAGAAGAAGAAUUGUUCUUACAGCAACAUCCCAUUCCUAAGAAAUUCGCUACCAGCGUUGGCGGGGUUGCUCACGCGCGUGUCGUCACGGCCCCGGAUUGGGUGCUUGAUUACUGGCAUCCAUUAGAAAAGGCUCAGUACCCAGAAUAUUUCAAGCGACGUGAGCAAAGGAAGAAAGAGUUUAUUGCCAAUUGGGAGAAAGAGUAUGGCAAGCCCGAUCCAAAAGACCUUCACCACUGAAUGUAUAAAUCUAGUGUAUAUUAGUAAACGUAUUUAAUUUUA